AUGCCGCUCCUUGGCUUCGCCCACCCAAUCAUGAUCCUCUGUCUGCUUGGUCCUCUCGCCGGCCGCGAGCUGAUCUCCCUGGAGAAGCGGUUCCUUCCCUAUGCAGGCCUGGUGUCGUCGUUUCUCGGCCCUGUCCCAUCCGAGCCAACCCUGACGCUUCCCGGCUCUUCUGGAAACCAUGCCUCCUGCUCCUCUUUGACAAUUGAUAACAACCGGUGUGCCUCCAAGCUACUCUCCGAGCCCCAACCUAGAUCCGCAUCCACCCUGCCGUGGUCCUGCAGAUACAAAUUCUACAUCGGCCCCCUUGAACAUUGCUUGAUGGGAACCAUGAGCCUGCAUCAAUUCUCCAGGACAAGCUUGAGGAAGACUCUUCUGUUUGGCACCGUUGUCCUUGCCAUUGUCAAAGGAGAGUCUGGACGACUGCCCAUUGACUCUCUCCUGCCCAAACCUCUUUGUGUUUCAUUGACCAACUGGCACCAGGCCUUCCUAGGCUCUUACCGUCUCUGA